AUGGCACCGAAAGAGGACGCGAUCCUUCACACCAUAUACGACCCCGAGGUAUCCCAUUCCAGAGCCCCAACCUUGGAUCUAGUUUUAGUACACGGGCUGAACGGCGACCACAUUGAAUCGUGGACACACCAGGAGAGCGGGAUCUGCUGGCCUAGGGACCUUCUGCCUGAGCAACUACCCGGCAUUCGUGUGUUAUCCUUUAGCUACAGUGCUAAUGUAUACGGCAACACAUCCAUCGCGGGUAUACGGGGCAAUGCCCAGAACCUACUGUCAAGUCUCCGGGAUUUGCGGGAGGACGAGGAGGAUAGUCGGCCUAUUGUGUUUGCCGCUCACAGUCUCGGGGGUAUCAUCGUUAAGCAGAUCUUCUUCGGAACGCCUCACUCCGGGUCGGACAAGAAGCGCUGGCUAGCCAUGGCAAAGAAGUUCGCGCCGCUUGCUCCGGGGUCCCGUUUUAUCGGCUGGAGCCGGCCGUCGCCGCUGGUUGAGUCGCUGACGAGACACUCGGCGGAACUUCAAGCCCUCUGCGAUGAUUUCCGGCACUUGGCUAGCUCUUAUGACAUCAUGAGCUUUUACGAGAUCGUCGUUUUCCCGGGCUCCAAAAGUACCAUCGUCAACAAAACGAGCGCCGUGAUGGGCCUGCCGCGGGAGGAGCCGAUUCCACUUGACCAACAUCACAUGGACAUGAUCCGGUUUGAAAGUAAUAACGACUCAGGAUUCCUCAUCACUUGCAGACACAUCGAGCGAAUCAUGGUCAAAGGCAGACUGGGAUAG